GCUGUCGUGUUCAAGGGACCUCACAAGGUUGAGAUUGAGGAUCGCCCUGUCCCUAAGAUCCAGGAAGAUGGAGAUAUCAUUGUCAAGGUCGAGUACACAGCACUCUGCGGCAGGUAUUUGCACGUGUUCCGUGGCCACCAGGCUUCAGAUACUGGUUUUAUCAUGGGCCACGAAUUUACAGGCAGAAUCACCGAAGUUGGCAAGGGAGUGACUACUCUCAAAGAAGGCGACCUCGUCGUCUCCCNNCCCUUCACCACUUCCUGCGGCGAAUGUUUCUAUUGUAAGCACGGAUUCUCGUCUCGUUGCGAGAAGUCUCUGCUUUUCGGAUGCCCCAAGCUUGAUGGUGGUCAAGCUGAAUACGUUCGUAUUCCCACUGCUGAGGGAACAGUGAUGAAGGCACCCGAAGGUCUCGAGAAGGAAGCCCUGGUCCUCAUGGCAGACAUUUUCCCCACCGGCAUGUUCGCAGCCAAGAACGCAUUCAAGGAGUUGAGCAAGGAUGAAGCUCAGGAGAGCACAGUCGUCCUGCUCGGUCUCGGACCCGUAGGAUUGUGUGCAUUGGUCAAUGCUCUGGACUACAAGCCCAAGCAUCUACUCGCCGUCGACAGCGUAGACAGCAGACUGAAGCAAGCCAAGGAUCUUGGAGCCGAAACCUGGAACUUCCAGACCGACAGAGAAGGCUUAGAGAAGAGAGUCAAGGAGCUCACUAACGGCAGGGGUGCAGAUGUUGUCAUCGAGGUUGUCGGUUUGUCGCCUGCGCUCAAGCUUGGUUACGAUCUUCUCAGACCCUGGGGCAUCAUUUCCAGUGUCGGUGUGCACAACGCAGAGAACUUGCGUGUUCAGAUGGGUCGUUGCCCUGUCCGCUCGAUAUUCGCAGAAGCGUUGGAGAAGCUCAAGCAAAAGCAACAUCUGCUCGGCUUCAUGUUCGAGAAAGUCAUGCCGCUCUCUCAGGCUCUGGAAGGCUACGAUCUCUUUGACAAGAUGAAGGUGCAGAAAGUCGUAUUUGAGCUUGGCCACUAA